AUGCAUUCUCUGUUUUUCCACAACGCAAACGCAACAACACUACACUCUCUCAACUUAACUUCUUCACUUCUUUUCCCAAAUAAUCACAAUCUCUCCUCAAAACCUCGUUUCCAAUCCUCCAGAAAAACCAACACACCAAACCCCAAACACGUCCCUAACAAAAAGGUUAUAAUCCUCUGGGACCUCGACAACAAACCUCCACGUGGACCUCCACACGACGCCGCACUCUCUCUCAAAACCCUCGCCGAACGCUUCGGCGACGUCAUUUCUAUCUACGCUCACACAAAACGGCACUCCUUCUUCAACCUACCUAAAUGGAAUCCCAACCAAAACCCCAACCCUAAUUCGAUUCUCUGCCGCGUUUGCGGUCACGAAUGUAAAUCAAUUUCCGAUCUCGAAAUUCAUUUCAGGAGAGUUCACUUGAACCGGCGUGGGAAGUUGCGGGAAAAAUUGAGAUCGGUUAAGUUGAGCCGGUCGAGGGUCGGGGUCGUUCGGAGAAUUCAUCCGUAUAAUCCGUAUAAUGAUUCAUUUUGUUUUUAUUUUAUGCUGAUUGUUCAUUUGAUUGAUUUUCUUGUCUGUUCUACCUCUUCUGUUUUUUCGAUUGAGAUAAGGAACAAUAUUAAUUUUCAUAUUUGA